AUGGAGAGCAAGAGAACAGACCAAAUGAAGGACAGAAUGAAUUCAGUGACAUCAUUAAGUCCAGAUCAGGUGAUGAGUGUACAGGCAGCUAUUGCAUUUCGAUGGAAAAAAUAUAAUUUUGCUUUGCUGAAUGAUUCUGCUACCCAGGCUUGUGAGCAUUCACUAGAUGAGCACAAUGAUGUUCAGAAGAAAACCUUUACCAAAUGGAUAAAUUCUCGAUUUUCAAAGAGUGGAAAACCACCAAUCAAGGAUAUGUUUACAGAUCUCAAGGAUGGAAGGAAGCUUUUGGAUCUUCUAGAGGGACUCACAGGAACUUCACUGCCUAAGGAACGUGGUUCCACAAGGGUACAUGCUUUAAAUAAUGUCAACAGAGUUCUACAGGUUUUACAUCAGAACAAUGUAGAGCUGGUAAACAUAGGAGGAACUGAUAUUGUGGAUGGUAAUCAUAAACUGACACUGGGCUUACUUUGGAGUAUCAUCUUGCACUGGCAGGUAAAAGAUGUCAUGAAAGAUAUCAUGUCAGACCUACAGCAGACAAACAGUGAGAAGAUUCUUCUGAGCUGGGUUCGACAGUCAACGAGGCCUUAUAGUCAGGUCAACGUUCUCAACUUCACUACAAGUUGGGCUGAUGGGCUGGCCUUUAAUGCUGUUCUCCAUCGACACAAACCUGAUCUUUUUAACUGGGUUAGAGUUACUAAAAUGUCCCCAAUUGAGAGACUGGAACAUGCUUUUAACAAAGCUCAAAAGCAUCUGGGAAUUGAAAAGCUGUUAGAUCCAGAAGAUGUUGCUGUUCAGCUUCCUGACAAGAAAUCCAUAAUUAUGUAUUUAACAUCUUUGUUUGAGGUGCUUCCUCAGCAAGUCACUAUGGAAGACAUUCGGGAAGUCGAAACUCUUCCGAGAAGAUAUAAGAAAGAAUGUGAAGAAGGAGAAUUUACUGUACAAACCGCUGCACCAGAAGAUGAAGAACAUGAAGGUUCUAGAGCUGAGACUCCUAGUACAGUCACAGAAAUGGAUAUGGAUCUGGAUAGUUACCAAGUCGCUUUGGAAGAAGUUCUGACGUGGCUGCUUUCAGCUGAAGACAAAUUUCAGGACCAAGAUGACAUUUCUGAUGAUGUCGAGGAGGUCAAAGAACAAUUUGCUACUCAUGAAGAAUUUAUGAUGGAGUUGACUGCCCAUCAGAGCAGUGUUGGAAAUGUCCUGCAGGCUGGAAACCAACUGAUAACGCAGGGCACUUUAUCAGAUGAAGAAGAAUUUGAGAUUCAGGAACAAAUGACACUACUGAACUCUCGGUGGGAAGCUCUCAGAGUGGAGAGCAUGGAUAGGCAGUCCCGGCUACAUGAUGUACUCAUGGAGUUGCAGAAGAAGCAGUUGGAGCAGCUCUCUGAUUGGCUGACUCUCACAGAAGAGCGCAUUCAGAAGAUGGAAACUAACCCCUUGGAUGAUGAUUUACAGUCCUUAAAGAAGCAAUUGGAAGAACAUAAAGAAUUGCAAAAUGAUCUUGAGACAGAACAGGUGAAAGUAAAUUCAUUAACUCACAUGGUUGUGAUUGUUGAUGAGAACAGUGGAGAAAGUGCUACAGCUGUCUUGGAAGAUCAACUGCAGAAACUUGGUGAGCGCUGGACAGCUGUUUGCCGUUGGACUGAGGAACGUUGGAACAGGUUGCAUGAGAUUAAUGUAUUAUGGCAGGAACUGUUAGAAGAACAGUGUCUGCUGAAAGCUUGGCUAACUGAGAAAGAAGAGGCUUUAAAUAAAGUGCAGACAAGCAACUUCAAAGACCAAAAGGAGCUGAGUGUCAGUAUUCGGCGACUGGCAAUUUUGAAGGAAGACAUGGAAAUGAAACGUCAGACCUUGGACCAACUAAGUGAGAUUGGUCAAGAUGUGAAUCAACUCCUUGACAACCCCAGAAUUUCUAAGAAGAUCAACAGUGAUUCAGAAGAACUGACUCAGAGGUGGGAUAGCUUGGUUCAGAGGCUAGAAGACUACUCCAACCAGGUGACUCAGGCAGUAGCAAAGCUAGGGAUGUCCCAGGUUCCUCAGAAGCUUCUUUUGGAAACUGUUGGCAUUAGAGAAAAAGUCACUGCCAAGAAAUCCAAACAAGAAUUACCUCCCCCUCCUCCACCAAAGAAGAGACAAGUACACGUGGAUCUUGAAGCUAAGAAAAAGUUUGAUGCUCUAAGCACUGAACUAUUCAACUGGAUUUCAAAAUCAAACAGUGCCAUUCACACCAUAGAUAUCAAAGAAUAUAAAAAGAUGAGAGACACCUUGGACAUGAAGAAGAAGCUGAAGGCCCUAGAAAAAGAGCAAACUGAAAGAAGUCCUAAAUUAAAUGAAUUAAACCACAGUGGACAAAAUCUUUUGGAGCAAAUGGGAAAAGAAAGACUUUCUGCAGAUGAUGUAAAAAAUGUCUUGGAGAAGGUCCUAUCAGAAUGGAAAGAUGUGGCAUGGAAUUUGGAAGAUGUUUCAAGAAAAAUUCAACUUCAAGAUGAUAUAAAUGCAUACUUUAAAGAUUUGGAUGAGCUUGAAAAGGCUGUCAAGGAAAAGGAAGAAUGGGUGAAAAACUCUACUUUUUCAGAUACUACUCAGCAGUUUCGUCCAGGUCUGAAAGACUCGUGCCAGUGGGAACUAACACAUCUGCUUAGUCUUGGCCCUCAAAUUGAAAUGAUGAGUUCCAGCUGUAGGGAUCUUCUGUCUCGGCCAUCUGCUCCAAGCUUCAUUCAGAAGAGUCUGGAGAGCUUUAUUGAUCGCUACAAAUCUGUGCAACAGAAUUUGGAGAAAUGUCAGCAACAGUUGGAGAAAGAUGCGAAGAGCCAACCUGGAGAUGCCUACUUAGAAAUACUGAAGACAGUGAAGGAUGUGUUAAAUGAAUCAGAAAAUAAGGCUCAGAUUUCUCUGAAUACCUUGAGUGACCUUUCAAAAGUUGAGAAGGCCCUACAGGAGAAAAUGGCUCUUGCAGAAAUGCUUGAGGAUCAAAAGCCUUCAUUGGAUAAACUUGCAGAAGAAACAAAGACUCUGGAACAAUGUGCACCCCAUGAUGUAAAAAACAAAUACCAACAAGAAUUAGAGAAUGUUCAAGGAAAGUGGGACAGGCUAAAAGCCAGGAACUCCAAAGAUAUUCAUCUGCUGGAAGAAAUUAUUCCAAAACUGAGAAUGUUUGAGGUGGAUUCUAAAGUCAUCGAGAAGUGGAUGGAUGGUGUGAAAGACUUCUUAAUGAAAGAGCAGGCUGUCCAAGGAGAUUCUGAAGGGCUUCAAAGACAACUUGACCAAUGCAGUGCAUUUGUUAAUGAAAUGGAAACAAUUGAUUCAUCCCUCAAAGAAAUGAAGGAAAUAGAAUCUGCUCUGAGAAGCCACCCAUUUGCUGGAGUUAAAACUUGGGUGGAGACAGUGCUUGUAGACCAUCAAACACAGUGGGAGAAACUCAGCAAACAAAUUUCUAUUCAGAAGAAUAAGUUAUCUGAAAGUCAGGAAAAAGCUAUGAACCUGAAGAAGGACUUGGCAGAGAUGCAGGAAUGGAUGACUCAGGCCGAAGAAGAGUAUUUGGAAAAGGAUUUUGAAUACAAAUCACCAGAAGAACUAGAAAGUGCUGUUGAAGAAAUGAAGAGGGCAAAAGAGGAUGUGUUGCAGAAGGAGGUGCGAGUGAAGAUUUUGAAAGACAGCAUCAAGUUGUUAGCUGCAAAAGUGCCAUCUGGUGGUGAAGAAUUAACAUCUGAGUUGAAUGUUGUUUUGGAGAACUAUCAGCUUCUUUGUAACAGAAUUCGAGGGAAAUGCCAUACACUAGAGGAGGUAUGGUCUUGCUGGAUUGAACUGCUUCAUUAUUUAGAGCUGGAGACAACAUGGCUAAAUACUUUGGAAGAGAGAGUACAAAGCACUGAAUCCCUGCCUGACAAAGCAGAUGCUCUCAACGAAGCCCUUGAGUCUUUGGAAUCAGUUUUACGCCACCCAGCAGAUAAUCGCACUCAGAUCCGUGAACUUGGUCAGACUCUAAUUGAUGGUGGGAUUCUUGAUGACAUAAUCAGUGAGAAGUUAGAGACUUUCAAUAGCCGAUAUGAAGAACUGAGUCACUUGGCAGAGUCCAGACAGAUUUCUUUGGAAAAACAACUACAAACCAUGAGGGAAACUGAUCACAUGCUGCAAGUCUUGCAGGAAAGCCUAACAGAACUGGAUAAACAGCUCACAACAUACUUGACGGAUAGAAUAGAUGCCUUCCAGGUUCCACAGGAGGCUCAGAAAAUUCAUGCUGAAAUUUCAGCCCAUGAAUUAACAUUGGAAGAGCUGAGAAGAAAUACACGAUCUCAGCCACCCACCUCUCCAGAAGGCAGGACCCCUCGAGGAGGAAGUCAGAUGGAUAUGCUACAGCGGAAGCUUCGUGAAGUGUCCACAAAGUACCAACUCUUCCAAAAGCCUGCUAAUUUUGAGCAGCGUAUGCUUGAUUGUAAGCGGGUUCUGGAUGGUGUAAAGGCUGAUCUUCAUGUUUUGGAUGUGAAGGAUAUAGAUCCAGAUGUAAUUCAGAGUCAUUUGGACAAAUGCAUGAAACUUUAUAAAACUUUGAGUGAAGUAAAACUCGAAGUAGAGACUGUAAUCAAAACCGGAAGGCAGAUUGUACAAAAGCAGCAAACAGAUAACCCAAAAGGCAUGGACGAACAACUGACUUCUUUGAAGUUCCUCUAUAACGACUUGGGUGCACAGGUUACUGAGGGAAAGCAAGAUCUGGAAAGAGCUUCCCAGCUGGCUCGCAAAAUGAAGAAGGAGACAGCUUUGCUUGCGGAAUGGCUUGCUGUUACUGAAGCUGAGUUAGUGCAGAAGUCAACUUCAGAAGGUUUGCUUUCUGACCUGGAUAGCGAGAUCGCGUGGGCUAAAAAUGUGCUGAAGCAGCUGGAAAAGAGAAAAUUUGAUUUAAAUAAUAUCACUGACAUCAGAGCAGCCCUCCAGAGUUUGGUGGAGGGCAGUGAGGCAACUUUGGAGGAAAAAGUUUCUGUACUGAAUGCUGGUUGGAGUAGAGUUCGCACAUGGACUGAAGAUUGGUGUAACACAUUAUUGAACCAUCAGAGCCAGCUAGAGAUAUUUGAUGGAAAUGUUGCUCAUAUAAGUACUUGGCUUUACCAAGCUGAAGCUCUGUUGGAUGAGAUUGAAAAGAAGCCUGUGAAUAAGAGUGAAGAAAUUGUGAAACGAUUAACAUCAGAACUGGAUGAUGUUAAUCUACAAGUUGAAAAUGUUCGUGACCAAGCCAUUAUGCUGAGGGACGCCCGUGGCUUGGCAAGCAGUGAGCUGGUGGAGCCAAAGUUAACUGAAUUAAAUAGAAACUUUGAAAAAGUAUCUCAACACAUCAGAAGUGCUAAAACGUUAAUCAACCAAGAACUCUUCUCAAAGAAAAUUUUUGUCAAAUCACAACCUGUUGAGGCUGGGAUGCAUUCAGCAGACCUGGACAAACUAGAAAAUGAUUUACAAAAUAUGUUGAAGGUUGUGGAAAAGCACAGUGAUGAAGAUGAAAAGUUGGAUGAGGAGAAGGCCCAGAUUGAGGAAGUUCUUCAGAGAGGAGAACAACUGUUACAGCACCCUAUGGAAGAGAAUAGGAGAGAAGAGAUACGUUUGCAGUUACUACUUCUGAGGACAAGACAUAAUAAUGUCAAGGCAACCCCCACCCAGCAGAGGGUUACAGUUGAUCAAUAUUCUGCUGGGAUUAGAUCAACACCUCUCCCUGUUGAUUAUCUUGCUGAAAUUGACAAAGUUUUACUCUCCAUGGCGGAUGUUGAACUAUUACUUAAUUCUCCAGAUCUCAACACUGGCAUCUAUGAACAUUUCUCUUUGCAGGAAGAUUCACUGAAGGUUGGAUAUAUGAACCAUCCCAUUGAUGAGAACAUCAAAGAUCUCCUGGAUAAACUCGGGGAACAGAUUGCAGCUAUUCAUGAGAAGCAGCCCGAUGUUAUACUUGAAGUCUCUGGACCUGAAGCUAUUCAGAUUGGGGAUAGACUGACCCAGUUGAAUGCAAAGUGGGACAGACUGAAUAGAAGGUACAAUGAUCGAAAAGGUUGUUUUGAUAGAGCUGUGGAAGAAUGGAGACACUUCCAUUGUGACCUGAAUGACCUUACCCAGUGGGUGGCAGAAACUGAACAGUUACUGGCUGAUGCAUGGAUUGCAGAUGGCAACUUGGAUCUAGAGAAAGUUAGGCUACAUCAGCAGGAACUUGAAGAGGGAGUUAGCAGCCACCAGCUUAGUUUUUCAUCACUAAACCAAACUGGAGAAGCCAUCAUCCAGAAAGUCUCCACUGCAGAUGGAAGCUUCUUGCAAGACAAGCUGUCAGGGCUUAAAAAACGCUGGAACUCAAUUAUGAAAGAAGUAAUGGAGAGACAGCAAAGAAUGAAAGCAGAAAAUGAAGAGCUAUUAGAAUUCAGAAAAAGGCUGACCGAAAUUAAUUGCUGGUUAUCAAAGGCUGAAAGUGCUUUGGAGAAGACACCUUCAUCUGAGAAAGAAGAUAGUGUCCAAGAACUAAAGGAUUUAGGUCAGCAGAUAGAAGUGCAAGAGGAAAAUCUGAAGUGGUUGAACAAAAGAGAACCUGAGAUUCUUUUAGUUAAUAGCUUGAGUUCGCAAGAAAGAGAUCACAUCUCAGAAAACUUAAGAACUCUUAAUAUAAAGUGGAAUAAGGUGUACAGAGAAGUCCCUACUACUCUGAGGGAAAGAGAAUUUGAUGUUUCAGAGCCCCAUCCUGAGAUGCCCCCCAAGCUCUCUGCUUAUCCUGCUGUCCAAAAGGUGGUGCUAGUCUCAUCUGCCUCAGAAAUUCCUGUUCAGACACAACCAUCUUUAGAACUUUCAGUACCAGCUGAUCUGGAUAAAACUACCACAGAACUAGCUGACUGGCUGGUAUUGAUUGACCAAAUGCUUAAGUCCAACAUUGUCACUGUUGGGAAUGCAGAAGAGAUCAAACAGACAAUUGAACGUAUGAAAAUUACAAAGGCUGACUUAGAGCAACGCCACCCCCAACUGGAUUGUGUUUUUACUUUGGCUCAGAAUUUGAAAAAUAAAACUUCCAGUACAGACAUAAGAACUGCAAUUACAGAAAAAUUAGAGAAGGUAAAAAACCAGUGGGACAGUACUCAGCAUGGUGUGGAUGUACGACAGCAACAGCUCCAAGAGAUGCUCAUUGACAGUGAACAGUGGAAUGAUCUGAAGGAAGAAACCGAAGAGCUUAUUAGACAGCAUGAAGCCAAAGUACACAGUGUCCUAAAGGUCCCAAAGGAACCACUGAUCAGACAGCUUUCUGAGAACAAAAUGCUAAUUCAAGAGUUGAAUAAAGGUGAAGUUACAAUGGCAGCAUUCAGUAAUCUGUUGAAGAAAUUGCUUCUGGACUAUAGUGGGGAUGAUACAAGGAAAGUGAAAGAAACCUGUGAUCGCUUGAAUGCAUCUUGGAUUAACUUGAAUCAAAGCAUUCGUGACCGACAGAAUGCCUUGGAGGCUGAGCUGAGGACCGUGCAGGCCUCCCUCAAGGAUCUGGAGAGCUUCCUCAAGUGGAUGCCAGAGGCUGAAACCACAGCUAAUGUGCUUGCAGAUGCAGCUCAGCGGGAGAAUGCUCUCCAGGACACUGGUUUGAUCAAGGAACUCAGAAAGCAGAUUCAGGACAUACAGGCUGAAAUUGAUGCCCACAAUGACAUCUUUAAGAGUAUUGAUGGAAAUAGGCAGAAAAUGGUAAAAGCUUUGGGAAAUUCAGAUGAGGCAGCUCUGCUCCAACAUCGACUAGAUGAUAUGAACCAGAGGUGGAAUGAUUUGAAAGCAAAGUCUGCUAGCAUCAGGGCUCACUUGGAGGCCAGUGCUGAGAAGUGGAGUAGGUUGCUGACAUCUUUAGAAGAGCUAAUCAAAUGGCUGAACAUGAAAGAUGAUGAGCUUAAAAAACAAAUGCCCAUUGGAGGAGAUGUACCUGCCUUACAGCUCCAAUAUGACCAUUGUAAAGCUUUGAGACGUGAAUUGAAAGAGAAAGAACAUUCUAUAUUGAAUGCUGUAGACCAAGCUCGAGUCUUUCUUGCUGACCAGCCAAUUGAGGCUCCUGAAGAACCAAAACGUAACCUGCAGUCUAAAAUAGAAUUGACUCCUGAAGAGAAAGCCCAAAAAAUUGCCAAAGCCAUGCGCAAACAGUCUUCCGAAGUGAAAGAGAAGUGGGAGAACCUCAAUGCAGUCACGAGCAGUUGGCAAAAACAAGUCGACAAAGCACUUGAGAAACUAAGGGACCUGCAAGGAGCCAUGGAUGACCUUGAUGCUGACCUGAAAGAAGCUGAGACUGUACGGAAUGGCUGGAAACCCGUGGGAGAUUUACUUAUUGACUCAUUGCAGGAUCACAUAGAAAAAACCACAGCAUUUAGAGAAGAGAUUGCACCAAUCAACCUAAAAGUUAAAACAGUGAAUGAUUUAUCCAGUCAGCUGUCUCCUCUUGACUUGCAUCCAUCUAUAAAGAUGUCUCGGCAGCUUGAUGAUCUUAAUAUGAGAUGGAAACUCUUACAGGUUUCAGUGGAAGACCGCCUUAAGCAGCUCCAGGAAGCCCAUCGAGAUUUUGGACCAUAUUCUCAGCAUUUUCUCUCUACUUCUGUCCAGCCUCCAUGGCAGAGGUCUGUUUCACACAACACAGUGCCGUACUACAUCAAUCACCAGACACAGACAACGUGUUGGGAUCAUCCUAAAAUGACAGAACUCUUUCAGUCUCUCGGUGACUUGAACAAUGUACGUUUCUCUGCCUACCGUACAGCCAUUAAAAUCCGAAGAUUACAGAAAGCCCUGUGUUUGGAUCUCUUAGAACUGAACACGACAAAUGAGAUCUUCAAACAGCACAAAUUGAACCAAAAUGAUCAACUCCUCAAUGUCCCUGAUGUCAUCAAUUGUCUGACAACGACUUAUGAUGGGCUGGAACAGUCUCAUAAGGACCUGGUCAAUGUUCCACUCUGUGUAGAUAUGUGUCUCAACUGGUUGCUCAAUGUAUAUGAUACAGGCCGGACUGGAAAAAUCAGAGUACAAUCCCUAAAGAUUGGAUUAAUGUCUCUCUCCAAAGGUCUCCUGGAAGAAAAAUACAGAUAUCUCUUUAAGGAGGUGGCAGGACCUACAGAGAUGUGUGACCAAAGGCAACUUGGCCUUUUACUUCAUGAUGCUAUUCAGAUCCCUCGGCAACUUGGGGAAGUUGCAGCUUUUGGUGGUAGUAAUAUUGAACCUAGCGUUAGAAGCUGCUUCCAGCAGAAUCACAACAAGCCAGAGAUCAGUGUAAAGGAAUUUAUAGAUUGGAUGCGUUUGGAGCCCCAGUCCAUGGUAUGGCUGCCAGUUUUACAUCGAGUAGCAGCUUCAGAGACUGCAAAACAUCAGGCAAAGUGCAACAUCUGUAAAGAAUGUCCGAUCGUUGGGUUCAGGUAUAGAAGCCUACGGCAUUUCAACUAUGAUGUCUGCCAGAGUUGCUUCUUUUCAGGUCGAACUGCAAAGGGUCACAAAUUGCAUUACCCAAUGGUGGAAUACUGUAUACCUACAACAUCAGGAGAAGAUGUACGAGAUUUCACAAAGGUGUUAAAAAACAAGUUCAGGUCAAAGAAGUACUUUGCUAAACACCCCCGCCUUGGCUACCUGCCCGUGCAGACAGUUCUUGAAGGUGACAACUUAGAAACUCCUAUCACACUCAUCAGUAUGUGGCCAGAGCAAUAUGACCCCUCUCAAUCCCCUCAGCUAUUUCAGGAUGAUACACAUUCCAGAAUAGAGCAGUAUGCGUCCAGACUGGCCCAGAUGGAAAGGACCAACGGCUCCUUCCUCACAGACAGCAGUUCUACCACAGGAAGUGUAGAGGAUGAGCAUGCUCUUAUCCAGCAGUACUGUCAGACACUGGGAGGAGAGUCCCCUGUGAGUCAGCCUCAGAGUCCAGCACAGAUCUUGAAAUCAGUGGAAAGAGAAGAAAGGGGAGAACUGGAGCGUAUCAUUGCCGACUUGGAAGAAGAGCAAAGGAGCCUUCAAGUGGAAUAUGAACAGUUAAAGGAACAACACCUUCGAAGGGCAAUCAGCCCCCUCAGUUCACCUCCAGAUUCCAUCGUCCCCCCCCAUCACACUGCUGAAGACUCGGAGCUCAUAGCGGAAGCCAAGCUCCUUAGGCAGCACAAAGGUCGGCUGGAGGCCAGAAUGCAGAUUUUGGAAGAUCACAAUAAACAGCUGGAGUCUCAGCUUCACCGACUUCGACAGCUGCUGGAGCAACCUGAAUCAGAUGCCAGAAUCAAUGGAGUCUCCCCUUGGUCUUCUCCACAACAUUCAGCACUUGGCUAUUCAUUGGAUCAAGAUACCAGCUCUCAAUUGCAAACAACAGACGACUUGUUGGUCCCACCUCACAAUACCAGCACAGAUCUGACAGAUGUCAUGGAACAAAUCCACAGUACCUUUCCAUCGUGCUGCUCAAACCUCCCAAGCAGGCCACAGGCAAUGUGAAGCAUUCAUCUGGCUGGCCAACACUUCCUGACAUACAGUCCUGCCCUUUUAAGCAAAUGCCAAUUCCAAAUUCCCUUGAAUCAGACUCUGCAUGGCACCUUGAAGCCCGCAUUGUUUCACUCUGACCGUGUCUUCUACUGAAGGAGUAAAACAUGGAAGAUCCAAAGAUGGGGAUGUCAUGUUUUUAUAAUAAUAAGUUCUUGUUUUCUUCUUCCCUUUCUAUGCAACUGUAAAUUAAUGAAGAGAGGUAUUUGGAAAUGGUUAUACAUUUGUCCUUGAUUUGUAUAAAUAUACAGCAUUGGGAAAGGGGGUGGGGGCUUUAUAUAUUGUACCUUCUUUUUUGAUAACCAGGAAGAGAAUUGCAUAAAAUAAUUAGAAGCAAAAUGUUACAUUUAUACAUUCCUUUCUGCUCCUCACAUUUACUUUCAACAGUGACUUCAUUUAACCUGCUGUUGUUUUGACCAUGCUGUUGAGGUUAUUGACACACAUCAGCCAUUUGACCAAGUAAAUGUGUCUGAAGAGCCUGAAACUGUCUUCCAUGACUGGCCACAUUAACAGGGUCACUUAAUUCACUCAGAUGUAAUUUAUUAAGAAUUAGGCUCUCACCACAGCUAUAUGCAAACUGUUUAGCUUCACUAACAAUCACACACACUCACCUCCAAAAUUUUCACUACAUGGAACAUUUCUUUUGGAAUAUCUUUUUUUUUUUCCCUUCAUUUGAUUUCCCAGCUAUACGAGAAUGCGUUUGUUCUUAGAGAUUAAUGUCAAAUUCUACUCUAGAGAAACAGAAGAUUUCAUUGUACAAGUGCAAUCAAAAGAACUUUUUAAUAGAAGUUUUCCCAAGGAGCGUUUUUUUGUUUUUGUUUUUUUGACCCAGAAACAAAGUUUUGAACAUCCCUUCCAGCUUUCCAAGGUCUAGAUUUUUAGCCAUGAAGUACAAACCAGUCCCACACCUAAUUGUGAUAUCAAAGCAAAAGAAUGUGUCCUCUAUUCCCUGUGAGAAUGGGUUUUUUUGGGAGGGGGAAGGGGGGGAGAGGAAGGCAGUUGUACAAAAAAAAAAGGAAAGGAAAGAAAAAAUAAGUCCUUUACAGUACUUGAAAUUUUUUUGUUUUCUUCCUGAAUGCAAUAGUCAACCAUAGAGUUCGAAUCAGUGCAUACAUAUAUCACACGACUUCUUUAAAAGUACUUUUUAAAGGCUAAUUAAUGGAAGACCUUUGAUUUCCCUUCAUUGAUUAUCACAUUUAGGGGAGAGCAUUUUAUGGGAGAGCACAUGAAAAUUAAAUUAACGCUUGGAGGAUAGGUUCUGCUGCACUGAGUACAUUCAGGUCCUUGGUUCAGCAUCAAGUUAGUAUCUGAUUCAAUAAACGUACUAGAUGGUUACCAAACACCAAGAAAACAAAAGCCCAUCCGAGGUUAUGCUCAGAGAUACAUAAGAAAGCCCCCAAAUGGAGUGAGACUCUUAUUCCUAAAAACUAAAGUAUUUGGAUUAUAGAAUGUGUGCGUAUGAAUCAUCAGGAUGUGUUAACUUUUGCUUCUCUUCACUUGGGACACAGCCAGGAGGAGAUUCAAAGUUAGCAAAAUUUGUUCUUUUGGAAGGGAUGGGGGUGGGGGGGAGGGGUUGGGCCGGGUUGGGCCGGGUUCUCUUUGCAGCAUAGAUAUUUUGAAAAGAAAAAUUGUUUUAUAAAAGAGGAAAGCCAUGACCACCUUUCUACCUCAAGCCCAUUUUCAUUCAUAGUAUUGGAAAUAGCUUUAUGCCACUGUAUUCUGCAGAGUCUAUAGCUUUUACCAGACCAUACUGUAGCCAAGAAAAAGAAGAGCACCCCUUUUUAAUUAAGGAAAAAAAGAAAUAUCCCUGAACACUGAAGUUCACAGUUGUAGAUUUGGUGUCUUUCUUGUUAUUCCUUUGAGAGGUUAUGUAUUAAAUUGUUUUUCUGCCUGUAUUUGUAUGCAAAGUAUGUCCUCUACUCUGCUACUGAGUAAAAGCUACUUAAAACACUACAUUGUAACAUUCUUCCUCUGAGUAAUAAUAAAUAAAAAAAGAAUAUAUUGCAGCAAUUAUUAGAAAAAGUUACGUAGUUAUUUUGAGGUAUAUGGGAAAGAAUGGAUCAUGCACCACCAUCUAAUCUGGUUCCAUACUCUAUUUUUCAUCCAGAAUAAAAGUAAUUUUUAACACGAGAUUGCUCUGAUAUUAGUCACUGAAGAAAUAAAUCACAUUUAAAAGGCUAUUGUUCAGUGAUAGAACUAGAAGCUUGAAAAUACAUUUAUGAAAAUAAAAAUAUAGAGAUAAUGUUUCUCAAUAAAUCUACAUAUUUUCUGUGAUUUCUCUUCCUCUCUCUCUUCUCUC